GCUUCCGCGCUGCGCUGCCACCGGGCCCGGGAGGCGGAAGUGCCUCGGGCCGCCGCCUCCGUCCCGGUUGCGGGCCUGCCGGUUACAUAACUCGUUGGGAGCUCCGCGCGGCCCCACUUCCCGGCUGCCUGCGCCCCCAGGAUGCGCUGAGCCCCACGAGGCCCUCAGCUGCCGCCGGCUCCCUUUCGAGGUGUGAAUGACAGAGGUGGUGCCAUCCAGCGCCCUCAGCGAGGUCAGCCUGCGCCUCCUCUGCCACGAUGACAUAGACACCGUGAAGCACCUGUGCGGCGACUGGUUUCCCAUCGAGUACCCAGACUCAUGGUAUCGUGAUAUCACAUCCAACAAGAAGUUCUUUUCCCUUGCCGCAACCUACAGAGGCGCCAUCGUGGGAAUGAUAGUAGCUGAAAUUAAAAACAGGACCAAGAUACAUAAAGAGGAUGGAGACAUUCUAGCCUCCAGCUUCUCCGUCGACACCCAAGUUGCGUACAUUCUGAGUCUGGGAGUGGUGAAGGAAUUCAGGAAGCACGGCAUAGGUUCCCUCUUACUUGAAAGUUUAAAGGAUCACAUAUCAACCACCGCCCAGGACCACUGCAAAGCCAUUUACCUGCAUGUCCUCACCACCAACAAUACAGCAAUAAACUUCUACGAGAACAGAGACUUCAAACAGCAUCACUACCUCCCCUAUUACUAUUCCAUCCGAGGGGUCCUCAAAGAUGGCUUCACCUACGUCCUCUACAUCAACGGCGGCCACCCUCCCUGGACGAUCUUAGACUACAUUCAGCACCUGGGCUCUGCACUGGCCAGCCUGAGCCCCUGCUCCAUCCCGCACAGGGUCUACCGCCAGGCCCACAGCCUGCUCUGCAGCUUCCUGCCAUGGUCGAGCAUCUCCACCAAGGGUGGCAUCGAGUACAGCCGGACCAUGUGAUGCCAGCCGGGCAGCCUCCACCAGGCCCCAUCCCUCAGCACCCUGCAGAGCCCGCCGUCCCAUACAUCUGACCCCUGCUGUCCUCCGCGGAGGAGCUGGCAGCCACCUGCCGGGCCCCUUGGUCUGCCCAGCUGCAGGCCCGGUGCUACGUGGGCUCGGGAGCAAAGCGUUGUGGGCUCGCCCAAGGCGCGCCCCGUCUCGACAGGUGCGCAGCAUAGACGCAGAGCGUGGGAGCCUGGCGCUUCCGACCACAGAAACAAGGCCCUAGACAGGCGCCUCCCAAGCAGGCUCUCCGGCUCUCCUUCCUGCUUCUGGAAACCUCUGCCCUCCACCUCCUCCUGGCACCCUGGUCCUGCCUCCGCGCGCACGCACCAUCCCCAUGGGGGCUGGGGUGUGGCUGUGGUCACUAGGAAGGGGCCUCCCUCGCCGGCUGCCCCCGCUCCACGGCCCGUCCCUUCAGCUCCUUCCUGCAGAGCCAGAGGGAACUUCUCCUGCGAGGGAGGAACGCAAGUAUUGUGGACAUACUUGACCCUAAGGACACAGGAGCCUCAGAACAAGGGGGCGCAAUAAAGGGAAUGCCAGGCCCCCCUCCAGAGCCAGCCCAAUGAAGCCUGGAGGGUGGGGGGUGGCCCUGCCCCUCCAUGAGGGGCUGGCGAGGGGUGGGCACAGUGGAGGAGGUGCUCUGGGGCUCAGCUCCCUGGCACAGGCGGUCAGACGAUGGGACAGUUCCGCCUCCUCAGCGCCUCCUGCUGGACAGUUCCUGCUGCCUUGGGGAGGUGGCUCUUCCCGCUGGAUCAUGGAAUGCUCCAUUUGGCUGACCUGCUGCUGGGAGCUCGGCUGAGGGACAGGUGCCGCCGAGGCUCUGGGGUCCUCUCCCCACCUCACUCAUCCUUCAUGAGCUGCAGCUGCAAGGCCUGGCCAGAGGCAGGAGGACGCUGAGCUCAACAUCGGGCUUCUAGGCUGCUGUGGGUCUCAUGGGGCCCGGCCUUGGGGGCUCUCAGCAUCUGAGAGCAGAGGAGCCGUGUCAGUGCCGUGAAGUGUGCUUGCAGCAGACGUGCAUCACACGCUUCUAGCAUUCCCUCCACCCUGCAUCCCCCUGGAAGCUGCUUGCUGCCUGCCCUGCCCACCAGAGCAGCUGGGGGUGGAGGGCAGCCCCACCCAGUGUAGCUGCAGUGUCACAAGAGCUAUGGCAGAGGGUCCUAGCGGCGACCCACUGUGCCAGCCGGAGGAGGAGGAGGAAGGGGGAACGGCCUGGGCAGAUGGAGCCUCAGUGACCCGAGUCCUUCGCUCCCCCAGAGUUUGCCAGCCUGGAGGUCUGAGGAUGCGGGGGCCAGCCCAGGGCCUCCUGGCCUCACAGCAGGGGGACAGGGUCCUCAAGGUACAGGCACACCCUGGGCAGGAAAGCGUCCCCUCCGUCGACAGUGCUGGCCAGUGGGAGGGCCAUGUCCAGCUGACUGCCAUGAACCUCUGCUGAUGUCGGCUGCCUGCUGAGGCCGCUGGGUGUGCUCUCCACUCUGAAUCAACGGUGAUCAUGUGAUUUUUAUUUCUGCCUCAUGGGGUAAGGGAAGAGUCUUCUGGAAGGUUCUGCCUUGGACAUGUAUAACCGAGCUCAGAGGCCUUGCCCUGCCCUUCCCUUCCCUUCCUCUUGUCCCCAAGUCACUGCAGUGUCCAGCCCAGUGUUGAACGAUUGUAGUGUUUUGUCUCAUUACAAAUAAAUAGACCUUCAUUGGUCACAUCCUGUUCCAGCA